AUGAGAAACGCAUUGCUCGCCGCGGCCGGCCUCGCUGCCUUCAAGACCGCGCUCGCAUACGACGCGACGGUCUGCGGCAAGGACAAGUUCACAAGUGAAGACACCAACUACAUCUUCCAGUCAAACGCCUGGGCGCCCGUUGGCGAUGGCUUCCAAUGCGUCUCCAUCGACCAAGCAACACCAGCCUUCGACGCAACCUGGUCCUGGGAUGAGAACCCCGAAAACGUCCACUCCUUCCCCCACGUCCGCUUCAACUCGACCAAGCUGCCCACCCGCCUCGACGCCAUCAAGACCUUCCGCCUCGCCACCAGCUGGACCAUGACCGCCGGCAACCCAGGCUCCUCCGCCUCGCGCGACUUCUCCACCUCCGCCUGGGAGGACAGCAAGGCGAACCUCAGCGGCGUCGUCGCCAACGCCGCCUGGGACUUCUUCGUCGACAAGAACAAGAGCAGGACGUACAACCCCGUCGACGCUGAGGCCGAGAUCAUGAUCUGGCUGGGCAAGGUCGGCAACCCGUACCCGCUGAUGGGCGACUCCAUCCUGACCAACAUUACCCUCGGAUCGACCGAAUUCUCCCUCUGGUACGACACCAACCAGCGCGACCAAAAGGUCUUCACCUGGGUCACCCGCGACGGCUCCGACGUGAACGAGUUCGACGAGGACGUCAAGCCCCUCUUCGACUACGUUCUCAACUCUGGCGAGAUUGACAAGGAGUCGUGGCUCGGCCUCGUCGAAUUCGGCUCUGAGGCCUGGCACUCCGAAGACAACACCACCUUCAGCGCGGCCAACUUCAAGAUGGAGCUCGACAACGGCGACUCUGGCUCCGGCGACAGCGAGGAUGCCGCUGGCGUGGUGACGCUGAGCGCCUGGCUCCUGGCUGCGCCUGCUCUUCUCAUGCUCGCUGGGUUAUUUUAG